GUUACUUAGCAACAAUGACUAGUGCAUUUCUAGUGCCAGGCAUUACGCAGUUUAGUCGGGCUCUGAAAAUUCAGCCCGACCAAGUAGUAAAAUCUAUAGUGGGAUUAUCUGCAAUCUGAUUGGUUGACAGCAACUGAGCAAACUCAAAUGCGCUGUUUCGCAACAUCUAGUCGGGCUCUGAAAAUUCAGCCCGACCAAGUAAUAAAAUCUAUAGUGGGAAUAUCUGUAAUCUGAUUGGUUGAGAGUAGCUGUGAACACACUCAAACGUUUAACAACAUCUUGUGGGGUUCAUUUUCAAAAGCGUGACUGAAGUUUGAGCUUUCGAAAUAUACGUUUGGAAAUCGUGAUAACUUACAUUACAAUGGCUUCGGCUAAUGAAAUCGAUAUAAUAAGUGAACUACAAAAGAAACCCUUUUCUGUUCGACAAUCAGGCGAGCAAAAUAUACUCGUAAAGCAGCGGCCAAUUCCAAAUUUACAAGCGACUACAGGCAAUAGAAGCUUUCAGGAAAGUUGGUACUCGAAGAAAGAUUGGCUUUGUGGUAGCUCAGAAAAGAAUGCAUUGUUCUGUUGGCCUUGUCUUUUAUUUUGCCCUGGAUCGUCAUCUUCAUGGACGCAGACGGGAUUCAAAAACAUGAAGAAUUUCCUAUCCGAUUGUAAGAAGCAUGAGAAGGCAAAAUCGCACAUGGGUGCCUACAAGACCUGGAAGACCUACGGUUUUCAGCCUCGUAUCGACUGUCUCAUGUCACAAACUAGACGUGAAGAGAUUCAGCGUCAUAACGAGGAGGUUGAUGAGGCAACUGAUGAACAUUUCUACCAAAGAACAAUUGAGUGUAAUUGUUCGAAUGGACAAAGGGGAAAGUGUCAUUGAAAGACAGCUUGGGUUUGUUGAUGUUAGUUGUGAUAGGACUGCAACUGCUAUAUCAUCAGUGGUUAAGGGUUGGGAUGAUGAAACGUUAAGUAAGGUUACUGGUUUACUUGGCUACCUUAAUGGCUUCUUGUUUUGUUUCUUGGUACAUGUUUUCCAGAGAAUUCUUGAGCAGUCAGCCAUACUUUAUUCUAUCUUGCAAGACAAGGACACUGACUAUCAUUAUGGAAUGAGUAGGUUUGAGAGAUUCAAGGCCUUUGCUGCUUCUCUGAGAAAUGAUACAGAAUAUUGUCAGGUGUACAACCUGGCUGUUGAGAAAGUGGGACCAUCAGUAACCAGGUAUGACCAACGGCAUAAUUACAAACAAAUGUAUUUUGAAAUUCUUGACACAGUUGUGACUAUGCUGACUGAGCGAUUUCAGAAUAUGGAGCGUUUUAGAUUUUUGACCUUGUUAACCCUAGGGUGUUUAAGAUGUGGAAAGGUGAAGUGCCCUCAGAAAAGAUAAAUCUUCUAAAGGAGGUUUAUGGUGAUAUGUUUGACAUACCAAUGCUAGUUAGCCAACUUUGUUUUAUUUACAGAGAUAAAGACUUUCACUGUGAUUCAUGCGAUGAAUUAUUGAAAUAUAUUUUUCAGUUCCAUUAUCAAUCUAGUAUUCCAGAAGUUGUAAAACUGUUAAAGUUAAAUGGGGUUUUGUCAAUUACAAGUGCUUCAGUUGAGAGGUCAUUUUCUUGUUUGAAGAGGGUAAAAAAUUAUCUUAGAAAUACUAUGAGCCAAGGACGUUUUAGUUCUCUUUGCAGGAUUUCCAUUCACACAGACAUACUGUCAGAGAAAGAAGACGCCAACACAUUGCAUGAUGAGGUAGUAAAGAAGUUCACUGAAAAACCACGAAGACUUGCUUUCUUAUACAAAUAGGUAUUCAUAUAUGGCUGAUAGCAAGCUGAUGAUGUCUUACGUCCAUGCCAUGUGAGAAUUUUUCCGGGAAUUUUUUAAUGCAGUCAAUGAUGAUUGUCAUUUCAGCACGACAAUUUCAUCACAACUUUUGAUAGUUGUUGAUGACAAAUCUGAGCCUUUUUCGGUUCUUUUGUCAAAGUUUCUUUACAAGAUGUACAUAGGUAUCUAUUUAUGUAU